AUGGACGUGACGAACGUGAUAGGAGAUUACGGCAAGUUUCAGAGGAACGUCUACCUGUUCACCCUGCUUCGAGAAGCGCCGAGCGCCAUUCACCUUGUUAUAUAUAGCUUCUUUUUCCCGACGGUGGAGCACUGGUGCGCCAUGCCAGAAACGCUUGUCGGAAACAUAACAUCUGAACAAUGGAAAGUGCUUGUGCUGCCCAAUUCAUCCUCAAACGCCGAUUCGUCGACGCAUCGUCACCGGCAUUGCGAAGCCUUUGACAUUGAUGUUACGGAAGAAGGUGUUUUGAUGCAUAGAAACACGUCAUUGCCAUGUGAAAAAUGGGAGUACGGAACAAGCUACUACAAGGGGUCCAUGGUGCAAGAAUGGGACCUCGUUUGCGACCGAGCUUGGAUGCGAAGUCUCGUGCAGAUAGCCACCAUGAUCGGAAUGCUCGUGGGCACACUGAUAUCUUCUCUCGGAGACAGGCUCGGCCGCAGACCCAUCGUAAUAACCGGCUACGUGACCUGCUUGUUCGGAAGUGUUUGCGUCGCAGUGUCUCCGUCAUUUUCCAUCCUCGUGGCAUCGAGAGCGCUGCUCGGCUUUGGACUAGGAAUGGGGCAGUCCUCAUCUUUCUGCUUGCGAAUUAUUACGUUAUAUGGCAAACUACUACAAGCGCUCCUCGGCAUACCUAAUGUGCCCUGUUUCUCGGACCACUUUUUCUAG